ACCUUUAUUCUAAACUAUUUCCACAACAAUUUUCUGAUACAAUUCAUAUCUAUAUCUACCCUUUAUUUUAAUGUGUUUCUUUUUUUUGGUUUGCAUUGAAGUUUGACAGAUCCCAUCUGCCUUACACAAUUAUAUAAACACCCAUAUUAUUGUGAAAAAAACCAUUGUCUUCUCUGCCCUCCAAUGGAACCCGAGAGAGUUCCCAAAUCUUUCGGUUGUUUCCCUCACAAAAAAGGCCUAAAGCUCAGCCUCCAUCGUCUUCGAUCCAAGUCCAGCUCAAAUUUAAGCUCUCCUCGCACUCCAAGAUCACCCAUUACACCAAAAACUACUACUAGAGAAGAUGAGCUCAGAGAAGUUUUUCGACAUUUUGAUGGCGACAACGAUGGCAAAAUCUCAGCAGUUGAGCUCAGAGCUUACUUUGCUUCGAUAGGCGAGUACAUGUCGCACGAGGAGGCUCAGGGAGUGAUCGAAGAGCUUGAUGGAGACGGAGACAAUUUGAUUGACUUCAGAGAUUUUAUGAGGCUGAUGAAGAAGGAAGGUGAGGAUGAAGAUCUUAAGGCAGCUUUUGAGAUGUUUGAGUUUGAGAAAGGGUCUGGUCGGAUUACCCCGAAGAGCUUGCAGAGAGUGCUGAGUCGACUCGGUGAUGUGAAAUCGGACAACGAGUGUGAGGCUAUGAUUCGAGUCUUUGAUACUGAUGGUAAUGGUGUCCUUGAUUUUCAUGAGUUCAACCAAAUGAUGGCUUAGACUUUGGAAUCUUUUGUAUUUUAAAUGAAGGUGUGUGUGCAUGAUCAUGAUCAUGUUAUUGAAUAAAGAAAAUCCUUAAAAAAAACAAAAGCAAUAAUGCAAAGUGUAAAUGCAUUCUCAUGAGCUGAGUUUGAGUUCGAUUCGUUAAAAAUUAUUCGAAUUUAAAUUUUUGCAGCUUUAAAGAGAAGAUUAUAUAUAUGUAUGCAUGGGCACUGUGUGAUUACAUGCAUAUACGUGCAAACAGUUGCCAUAUCUUAUUGAGUUGUGUAUGUGGUUUUUUGCA